GUCUGACAAGAUGUACCAGGUCCCACUGCCGCUGGACCGGGAUGGGACCCUGGUCCGGCUCCGCUUCACCCUGGUGGCCCUGGUCACGGUCUGCUGUCCACUUGUCGCCUUCCUCUUCUGCAUCCUCUGGUCCCUGCUCUUCCACUUCAAGGAGACAACGGCCACACAUUGUGGGGUAGGUUGUGUCCCUUGCCCUGCUGGGGCCACUCCCUACAGGAUGUUCUCUGCAGCCUCCCAGCCCUUGGACCCUGAUGGAACUGUGUUCCGGCUCCGCUUCACAGCCAUGGUAUGGUGGGUCAUCACUUUUCCCGUGUUCGGCUUCUUCUUCUGCAUCAUCUGGUCCCUGGUGUUCCACUUUGAGUACACGGUGGCCACUGACUGUGGGGUGCCCAAUUACCUGCCCUCGGUGAGCUCGGCCAUCGGCGGGGAGGUACCCCAGCGCUAUGUGUGGCGUUUCUGCAUCGGCCUGCACUCAGCACCUCGCUUCAUGGUGGCCUUUGCCUACUGGAACCACUACCUCAGCUGCGCCUCCCCGUGUCCCUGCUACCGCCCGCUUUGCCGCCUCAACUUCGGCCUCAACGUCGUGGAGAACCUGGCACUGCUAGUGCUCACCUACGUCUCAUCCUCUGAGGACUUCACCAUCCACGAAAAUGCUUUCAUUGUGUUCAUCGCCUCAUCCCUGGGUCACAUGCUCCUCACCUGCAUUCUCUGGCGGCUAACCAAGAAGCACACAGUAAGUCAGGAGGAUCGCAAGUCCUACAGCUGGAAACAGAGGCUCUUCAUCAUCAACUUCGUCUCCUUCUUCUCAGCGCUGGCUGUUUACUUUCGGCACAACAUGUAUUGUGAGGCUGGAGUGUACACCAUCUUUGCCAUCCUGGAGUACACUGUUGUCCUUACCAACAUGGCGUUCCACAUGACGGCCUGGUGGGACUUCGGAAACAAGGAGCUGCUCAUAACCUCUCAGCCUGAGGAAAAGCGAUUCUGAACUCUUCUCUCCUGCUCGGGAGGAGGCAGCCCACUGCCCAGAAACAAGAAACAUGAAACCACUCUGGCCUUCCCCACCCCCUGUCCUCUCUGGGCCCUACUGAAGAUAGGGGAGGGGUAAGAAGGAAGGGCAUAGGCCAAGGCUGACCCCAGUGCUGCUGGCUUCUGCUCCCCACACCUCAUACAGAUGCAGGGGCCCUCAACCAAUACCACCAUUACCCAAGAAGCCCCAAGAAGUUGAGUUGGCAGGAGAGCUCCGCUGUUUGGUGCUAAAAAAGUCCUGAGGUUCAUAACCACCAUCCAGUUCUUGGCCUUUACGUAGCCACCUUUCGCUUAGGUUAGGAACCACUGAACAGUGGCUGCUGCCUGACAACCACAGCCACUUCUCUCCACAGAGUUAUUCACAUGACUAAUGUAUCUAAUGAUCUACUGUCACAUCCAGGCCUGUGGCCACAGUCCCCUCCUAAGCUUGCUCAGGUGUUCUAGUCUUGACUUCACCUUUGAUUGGGUGUGUGCCCUUCCUUAUGAGCCUCAGUGUAUCCAAGUUAUGAUGGCGGAUGGGUGUGCUGUAUGAUUACCAAGGGCUCUGCCAGUCUGUGGUCUGGCAUCUGAUGGAGGUGGUGUUCUGCACCUAAAAGGAUAAACUGUUCCAGAAUACAAGCACCAGCACAGCAUGUACUUCCCUUCUCUUCUGAAAUUCCUGGUGUAUGGACCCCUCUUUUGCAAAGGUGUAGGGUGGAGGGGUCAGAGGCACAGAUCCCUUCCCCUAAAUGGGUUCCCUGGUAUCCCUCUGUCUUCCCUACUGCUGCAGAUUCUGAGCUCUUUGGUUGUACAUUUUAUUUUAAAGGAAAAUAAAUUUUUUUCUUUUUUUUUU